UUUCAACUUCAGCAGCCAGCUAACGUAGCGCCGUUUAAAAAACAUACAAUCACCAUGUGGCACACACGUUUGCUCUUUGCUUGCCUGGCAGUCAGCUUAAGCGUCGCGCAGGCGCAGUUCUUUUACCAUCAAGCGCUGGGCUUGCCCAGCAAGGCUGCUUAUGAGCCAGACUCGCCGUAUGUGGGCUAUGCCACAGCCGAUGCACAUCCUUCAGUGGUGCGCAAUGCCCAAUGGGAGUCGGAGCUGCCUGCCGAGCUGUCCAAGAGUGCUCGCUUCUACAAUGAUCCCGUUAUAGCAGCCAAUCUAGCCAAGGAGUCGCUGCUGACGCGCAAGGAAAUGGCCGUGGAACAUCGCGAGGCGGACAAAAUUCCACGCGAGCAGGUCUACAAGCUAUUCAAGAACGCAGGCUGGCUGAGCCGCAGAUAAAUUACAAGUGCUAAGCUUUAG